AGUAAUAAUCUACCGCUGUCAAAAAUUCUGUUUGCAAAACAGAAAACUGAACUCCGCCAUCUCUCAGAGUAUGAUUCAAGAAAGAAUUACAAGAAAUAUUUUGCCCAGUGAGAACUCUCACCGUUUGAAUUAAACCUUGUUUUGGCGAGAGAUGCUCAAAUAUUAUCCCGUUCACGGCCAUGCCUUUUAUUAGACGAAAGCGCUUGUGGAGUAAAGGCAAGGAGGGUGUUUAUGUUGUGAGCGCGAAUGUACAUGAUCUAUCUUCGGGAAAAGAGGAAUCAAAGACGCGCAAACGAUCUUACGACUCAGACACAAAGACCAGCAUCAGCUCUAGGGGCAGUAUAGCGUCACCUGACAUAGAUGACGACUCCAAACAACAUCACCAUUCCAGAAACAGCUCGCUUGGUAAUGAAUACGGCUCGUUAGACUCACUAGAGGACGCACAAGUCUGGGACUCAAUCUCGAUGGACCAGAAAGCAGUGCGACUCCUUUCUACUCACAGAAGACAGUCGGUGGAUCCAAAACAGAUUCAAGUCGAAGUGCAUCAAUACGACACAGCAGCGAGCCCUGAAAGACGCGGCGAGGAGGAAGAUCCACACGUGGAUCCCAUGGACGAGGAAACACUCGCUCAUGUACAUAACGUUGUGGCAUCCAUCUUGGAAAGAUACAAACAAGACGGCAGUGAUUCGGACAGUUCGACUGCUGUUUCCGAAAAUUCUGAGUUAGAUUUUAAUGUUUCUUCCGAUGAGGAAUCGGAACUCAAUGAGGAGAAGGGAGAAGUGUUUGAUUUUGAUGCGCACAUUAAAAAAAUCUGCAAACGCGACGACGGAAGCGACAGCGAGUCCGAUGGAAAUGAGAGCGUCACAUCUGAAAAAGCCUACAAAACUGCCGUACGAAAAGCCAUGAAAAAAAUCAAGCGGGAGCGUUUGGAUGAACUAACCGAGUCGGACAAAGAAUCCGAGAAAGGUUCGGAAAACGAACGAUCUCCGAAAAGCGACGACAAUUCUUCCUCGGAAUCCAGCGACCAAGAUGGCGACGAGAGUGACUCGUCUUCGGGAGAAAACGAGAAAAACAGCUUUGAAAUGGCUCGAGAUGUUGAUCCCGAAAUUCAAGAACUAAUGGCCGACGGAUUGGUUAUUGAUCCGAAAAAGGGCAAGAGUGAUGCAGGUGAAUCUCGAACCGUUUACAGAUAUUACAUGAACAACGAAGGCAGGAUCGAUUCUGUGUCGGAGACAGCAGAUAAUCUGUCCGAAGAAGACGAAGGCCCUUCUACUGUGAAUACGCAAGAGAAUACUCUGGCGUCAACUUUAGAAGAUAGUAAAGCGCAAGAACUUCGUUGGCCAUUUUCCAAUUUUUACGUCAAGGAAAUUAACCAAGAAGCGACUUUUUCAGAGAACUGUGACGCGCUUCCAUCCUACAGGUCGACUUUGGCCUCCGCAUCGCAUCCUGGUCGAAAAAGAAACGUAAUGUUGGGACGAAUUUGGUGGGUGGAGUGGUGGGCCAGAGAAGACACAAAGACAAAAUCAAGCACAAUGAACACAUCAACAACCUCAUUAUGAAUGAUAUCAUAGUAUGAAAGACUUAAGGCGCCACAUAGACAUAUCGCCAAAAUAAAAAAGGAGGGAAAUGAAACAACAUUUGUCAGUUCAAGCCAAAUAACUUUUUCAUACAAUUUACCAAAAAAGGUAAAACAUUGGCUUCUGACAUGCUAACUGACAUGUUAACUGACAUGCCGAUUGACGCGUGACACUCAAAAUUUGUUCAACGUUUAGUGUUGAAAUAACUAGUCUUUUCGUUGUAACAACAAAUUCUAAAAGUUUGCUUAAGAUGAAUAUUUCGUUUAAGCUAAAAACAAACACAGCAUUCAUUAAUUAGCAGUAUAAAACCGCUGAAACUCAGUUCAUAAGCCUUGAUAUGUCAUGGGUAUCAAGAUAAUUUUUCUAUUUAAAAAAAUGGAUAUGCAUUUGGAAACUUCUCAAGAUAGUAGCAAAAUAACGCAAUACAGAAUAACACACAGAAACGCGACGCCAUAUAAACGAGAGAAUGUAAUGUAACACAACACAGCGUGACCUCAGACGACAUUCCUUUUUAACGAAUAAAACUGUGGUUUGAAAAAGGGCGACACCGUUUAUAACGAAACACAAUGUAAAACACAAUGGCGGUGCUCCGUUAAACGUAUGUUAAACAGAAUGUAAGACAACAAAUUGUGACUAAUUUUGAAAUAGCGUAACGCAACAUAAAGUGACCUAACCUCAACACAACUUAGCCCAGGAUAACUAGCAAAAAUUGAGAACAUUUGAAAUCUAUAUUGCUUACUUUAUUGAUUAGCAAAAUCUAAGAUUUUUUGGUUGUUCGAUUGUUGUGAUAUUGGUUAUAGGAAUAGGUUUCAUAAAAUAAAUGUAAUAA